AUGUCUGCUGAGUUAAUCCAGAAGGCAUGGGCACUAGCUCAGUUUGAUAACGUUGAAGAGUUGUCAAAAUUAGUUCCAUCUCAAGUAAAUCCAAAUGCAUCAACAAAUUCAGAGAAAAAUCAUAUUCACACUCUUCUUAUGAUCGCUGCUGCAUCUGGCGCCGAAGAAGCUACUAAAUAUCUUCUUGAACAGGGAGCUAACGUCAAUGGAAAGAAUCCAAUGGGUUACACAGCUCUCCAUUGGUGCGCUUUUGUUGGCAGAGCAGAAUGCGUUAAGCAAUUAAUUGAUGCUGGUGCAUCAUUCGAUUCUAAGACACAAGAUGGUCGUACACCAAUUCAUAUUGCUGCACAGAGAGGCCAUUUAGAUUUUAUCAAAUAUAUUGUUGAAAUCGGCGCAGAUAUUAAUUCAAUAUCUAGUAACGGAUGGACAGCACUCCAUUAUGCUAUUAUUGGCAACCAAGCAGUCGUUGGAAAGUAUUUAUACGAACAACUCAACUCUACAUUUGAAUGGAACAGCGUUGAUGUCGAUGGAAAGACAAUUGACGAGAUCGCUGAAGAAUAUAAGCAUAAGUGGUACAACGAGCUCAGACAUAACGAUGAAAAUUCAAACGAUGAAAUUGCUUCUAGCGAUGAGGAAGAGGAAGAAGAUAAGAAGGAUCAAACACCUAAGAAGAAAUCUACAAAAUAA